UCUCUCUCUUUACUAGGAUAGGCAUCGUAUGUCAUUCCAGUAUGGGACGUAUAUUCCCAAAAUACGGCCUGACGUCACGCGUAUGGGCUGCAGGCCUGUGUCAGUCGCUGCUGGAUCAGAUCAUCCUGGAAAAAUGAAAACGACUCGAGGCGAGGCAGAUGCACGCUAGACUUGAAGUCUGCAGCGUUUUGAAGAGAAGAUUGGUAUGUCUGGACCCACCUGGCUGUCACCAAGAACUCUGGGUAGCUCAGAUAGAGCCACUGCACCAAUGUCACACACUGGCCCCGCCAUCUACAGACCACCCAAAAAAGGUCUGCCCGACCAGAUGCCCAUGUAUAGCAUGUAUGACCAAAAUGGUGGAACAGGAGGAAAUGGUAUGCCUGUAAGAUACAUGGCUACUGGACCCUCAGGAAAUAUGCAGCACCAGCAUCAAGAUGAUCGCUCAGGGUCUACAGCUUAUCACCCAGGGGACCGAUACUACACUCCAGGCCAGGGGCCCAAAGAGGACCACCACACCUGGAGCCCCCAUCUGGCCAACCAUGAGCUUCAUAAUCGAGGAUCAGAGAAGCACAUCUCUGCUAUUGAUGCAGAAAUAGACUCUCUUACAUCCAUGUUGGCUGAUCUGGACAGUCACCCUCAGAACCCAAGCACACAGCUGUAUGACAAUGUGCCUUACAGCAACCACCUUUCUAUUGACCGCUAUAAUCCAUCCAACCAGGCGGGGCCGCCACCGCCAAGCAGGCCAGCUAUGGGCUACCCUCCUCAACUCCAGAGCCAGUACCACCCGUCUCCACCUUACACCACUACACCUCAGCAAGAAUAUGCUUACCCCCCUCCCUCCUCUGCUGUCAACAGACCUUACCCACAACCAGUGCCUGCCUCUUACACAACCGCAUCCACCCCCACCGGUCCACGUUUUACUGUUCAGGUAAAAACUGCCCAGCCAGUGACCUAUUCUCAGAGCGGGCGACAGGCAGAGCAGGCUUACACCCCACCGCCGCCCCGUCAGCAUGCCUCACGCCCACCUCAGCAAGACCGUCCACAUUAUCCUGAUUCACAGGGGCAGGGCUGGUACCCACCUCCACCACCCCCUGCCCAGGAACCUCAUGGAGAUCCGUCACUCUAUAAAGGGGGAUCAGGAAAUAUGCCAGGUGGGAGAUCUGGCCAGGGACCACCUGUAAAGAAAGGCCAAGACCAAGUCUCGGCAUAUCAGUCUAACAAGCAGGGGUCAGCACAACGACCAGAGGAAGAGUUGGAUCGGCUCACUAAAAAGUUGGUCUAUGACAUGAAUCAUCCCCCUACAGAAGAAUAUUUUGGCAGGUGUGCUAGAUGUGGAGAUAAUGUUUUGGGGGAUGGCAGUGGGUGUAUUGCGAUGGAGCAGGUGUUUCACGUGGAGUGUUUCACCUGUAUCACCUGUCAUGCCCGUCUGAGAGGCCAGCCCUUCUACGCAUUAGACAAGAAGAGCUACUGCGAGAGCUGCUAUAUAAGCACACUUGAGCGCUGUUCAAAAUGUUCUGAGCCAAUCCUAGACCGGAUCCUAAGAGCAAUGGGAAAGGCUUACCACCCUCGCUGCUUCACAUGCGUAGUAUGUGGUUGUUGCCUGGAUGGAGUGCCUUUUACCGUGGAUGCCACCUCUCAGAUCCAUUGUAUUGAUGACUUCCACAGGAAGUUUGCCCCCCGCUGCUCUGUAUGUGGGCACCCUAUAAUGCCGGAGCCUGGACAGGAGGAGACGGUGAGGAUUGUCGCACUGGAUCGCAGUUUUCAUGUGAACUGCUAUGUGUGUGAGGAGUGUGGACUUCUCCUUUCCUCUGAGGGUGAGGGAAGAGGCUGCUAUCCCUUGGACGGUCACAUUUUGUGCAAGAGCUGCAGUGCCCGUCGCAUCCAAGACCUCUCUGCUAAAAUCUCCACUGACUGCUAACAUCUCCUUUUAACCUUUCUAUAUAAUAGAUAUACUUCGGAAUGCACCACUAUCUAAAAAUCAUCACCUGGUAUUUUUACAAGUUUUUGUCACACAGAUUUGAAGACCUCCCACUCAGGGAAGCAGUAAGCUAAAAAAAAACAAUAGCUCUUAUUCUUAGAUUAGUUUCACUCGAGUUGUUUCCUUUAAGAAAAGAUGGUGAAUGUAAUGUGAUGUUAUAUUGCGUGUGUGCAUGUGUGUGCGUGUAGUUACAAAAUGUAUACAGAAUGAAAGUGUUUUGAACAGGGUACAUUUCUAGCAUUUGGAAACACAGUUACUGCCAUAAAGUUUUACGAUAUAAAAACUCCCACGGUAAACAUAGCUAGGCAAAGCUUAAUUCAGACUACCCCUCCUAGGUUUUGAUGGCAAAUGGGGUCACUUUGCAUUGUCCCAACACUCUCAGAAAACAAGGGUACAAAAGUUGUCACUGGAACUUUUAUAAAGGUCUUAAUAUGUUCCAUUUUGGUACAGAUAUGAACCUUUUAUGAACCAGUAUGCAUCUUUUAGGUACCCCAGUGACAACUUUUGUACCUUUUUUUUGAGUGUUCACUCCGACCCCCAUUUGACUUCACCUACACUUUUUUAUCCUAUGCUAAGCACAAUAGUGUCCUGUACUCAUUAGUUUGACACUUGAAUUGUAUGAUUGUGGUUACUGAAGGAUAUUAAAGGGAUAGUUCGGCCAAAAAUGAUAUUGAACCCAUGAUUUACUCACCCCGAAGCCAUUUUUCAGACAAACAUAUUUUCAGUUAUUUUAGAAAAUGUCUUAUAUCUUUCAGCUGCUAAACAGUAAAGUUACGGGGUCCACGUCCUUCAAGUCCAAAAAAUGUGCAUCUAUCCUUCACAAAAUAAAUCCAAACAGCUCCAGGAUGAUAAACAAAGGUCUUCUGAGGGUAACCCGCAUGGUGUUGUUGCAGAAAUAUCCAUAUUUAAAACUUUAUAAACGAAAAUAACUAGCUUCCGGUAGCGCCACCAUCUUAGACUCCUCUGUAUUCAGGAGAGACUAUUAGCGUAGUGUACGCACUUUUCUUAGUGACGUAUGACAAAUUCGAAGGGCGGGGGCACAGAGCAGCAGCAGAGAAACCUCCGUAAACUGCGUACGCUCUCAUCUUGAAUGCGGACGCGACUAAGAUGGCGGCAUUACCGGAAGCGAGUUAUUUUCGUUUAUAAAGUUUUAAAUGUGGAUAUUUCUACAACAAAACGGUGCGGAUUACCCUCAGAAGACCUUUGUUUAUCAUCGUGGAGCCGUUUGGAUUUAUUUUCUUUAUUUUUUUGGACUUGAAGGACGUAACUUCACAUUUGAUUAACUGAAAAAUCUAAAACAUUUUCUAAAAUAACUGCAAAUGCGUUUGUCUGAAAAAUGAUGGACAUAUGCAUCUCGGACGGCUUCGAGGUGAGUAAAUCAUGGGUUUAAUAUCAUUUUUGGCCGAACUGUCCCUUUAACACUGUAUUUCAUUUACUGAGUGAUUAUUAUGAUAAAAAGUUGGAAAUAUUAACAUAGGCAGCCCUUGGCUCUGAUAUUGUCUCUUCAACUAGCUUAGGUUAAUAUGAAUGCUUUUGUCACCUUUAAACUAUUAUAAGCCAUAACCUGUUAUAUAGGAACAAAGGGUUCGUGUACCAUCACCUCUUAAAUGAAGGAAAUCUCUUGACUAGAGAUAUUAGUUAGUUGUCAUGUAAAGCGUUAGGUGUACGGUAAACCUACGGUGUUAGAUCACAAAUAGGUUGAUGUAAAUUUGAAUCUGAAAUCCGAAUUAAAAAGGGUGCUUUUGACUUGUUAGUCUGAUUAGUAAAAGGGAUGGUUUAACUUGAGAACAGUAGUUGACGUUUGCAGCUGCUAGGGUAGAUAACUGAAUAAUGUGACUUAGAAUUUAUUCGAUUUGAUCAAAGUCUUGGUCAGCUUUAUUACUAAACAUGUGUCCAUUAAUGACUAACAAAAGAAAUUGGAAAUGUAUGCUGUUUUUUAUACUUUGCUUUAAUUUCAUUGUUUGUUACAUUUAAACAAUGGUCAACAUUCAUCUGUUACACUUUUCUUGGUAUUUUCAUCUUGUUUUCAGUAAAAAAUUUCAAAAAAUUCUUUAAGAUGCUUUUUCUUAAUAAUUCAAACCAAAAAUAUUGAAUUUAAGUGAUUUUGUGCAUAAAACAAGCAAAAAAAAUCUGCUAAUGGGGUAAGAAAAAAUCUUUAACAUUUUCCUUAAACACUACAUUCAAGAAAAAAUUUGCUUACCCCAUUGGCAGAUUUUUUUUGCUUGUUUUAUGCACAAAAUCACUUAAAUUUGAUAUUUUUGGUCUCAAAACUAAACUUAUUUUCUUGGGUCGUUUUGCUUAUCAAGAAAAAGCAUCUUAAUUUUAGAUAUUUUUACUGAAAACAAGACAAAAAUACUAAGUAAAGUUUUUCUUGAAAAUCAUUUUUUGCAGUGUACCCGUCACAAGGUGUCAAUCAAGGCUUUUGAUUCUUUAAAAAUACUAUUUGCAGUCUAAUGUUCAAAUGAAUAGUGAAAGUUAUCUUGAAGCUGUAAGCACAAAACUGUUCAGAUGGCCGUGUGCUUUAUUUAUUGACUUGUCUGGUAUUAAGGUUGCUUCAUAAUAGAGUCCAUCUGAAAUAAUUUGCUGCCAAAAAUUGCUUUAUUGUGAAAAUCACUUUGCCACUUUGCUUAUGUAUUUUUUCCAACAUGUUAGAAAGCGUCCAACAACUCCCUCUAUGCUGUGGUGUUAUUUUGCUUUCCAUUGUGGAUUUUUUUUGCCAGAAAGCAUUUUCUGAACCGGUUUUCAUCAUGGAUGAUUACUGAUUCAUAAGCAUCCCUGAUUUCAGGGCUGUUUUGGAUGAAUGUUGCAUUUAUUAUUUUUUUUCUCUAAUAUUCAUAAGCAUCCCUGAUUUCAGGGCUUUAUUGGAUGAAUGUUGCAUUUAUAUUUGUUCUCUAAUAAUUGAUUUUACAGAGAGAAAAGGUGUUUUUCAUAAAUUCAUAUCUGUUUGUCCAGCACGUUUUUUGUCCAAUGUAUUUGUACUCAACCAUGUUCUGAAAUAUGAUCUGAUGAACUGUGAAAAAUAAACAGAAAAGCUUUUUUGGAUGUAA